UUGUUCCAAUUCUCUUCUUCAGCAAUGGCAUCUAUAGAUGUUGAGUUCCGUUGCUUGGUUGGUGGCCUUGCGUGGGUGGCCGAUGAUCAAGCCUUAGAGAGGGCUUUCAGUCAAUACGACGACAUUAUUGAAUCAAAGAUCAUCAACGAUCGUGAGACUGGGAGAUCCAGAGGUUUUGGUUUCGUGACUUUCCACGAUGAGCAAUCGAUGAGGGCUGCUAUUGAAGGGAUGAACGGACAGGAUCUUGAUGGUAGGAAUAUAACUGUCAACCAAGCCCAGACCAGGGGUGGCGGGGGCGAGGGUGGAGGUGGUUAUCACAGCGGUGGCGCCGGUGGCUACGGAGGUGAAGGUGGUGGUGGUUAUGGACGCCGCGAGGGCGGUGGUGGUGGUGACCGUGGCUAUGGAAGUGGUGGCGGAGGUGAUCGUUACUCAAGCUAGAGAAACAAGGGUUUCUAGUGAUGUUUUAUGGUGUUCAUAUGGUUAGGGUUUGCUUAUGAUGAAUGGGUUCUUGUUAUUGGUUAUGGUCCGUGUGCUCCUCUUUUUUGUCCGCUGGUUCACUAUCAAUAGUUUAGGUUGUGAUAUCUUUCUGG